AUGUUCUUUUAUGGUGCUCCUGGCCAGAGGACUGUAAUUUCGAUCGGGUACAACAGCUGGGGGUUUCCUAACCUCUCCAUUGGUAAAAGCGGCAUAGGGUACAUUUUCCAUUUAAGAAAGAUGAAAUACUAUUUUAAAAAUGAUCAAUAAAUUAUUUAUUUAUUCUCCCCUUUGGCAUAUUGCUAUAGAAAGGUCAAACAUGAAGAACAUUUUUAAUGUUGUCUAAUAGAAGUGUUAUAGUCAGACCUAAUCCGGGCUAGCAUCGUAAUUUGAAAAAGCCAAUUAUACGAGGAGAGCGGUUCUGUAGUUUCCUCCGUGAUCGGGGAAUAUCCUCCUUUUAAUUGACAAACUUUAAUACACACGAGAAUGAUUCAGAAAUCAAAUCAGGUUUCUCUCUCAGAAGCUUGGCAGAAAUACUGUCAAGAACUGUAGCUUUCGAUUUACAAAGUUUAGAUAACAAAGAAAAGACGGUUAACCUUGGUCAAUUUCAUAAAACGAGACAGGCUGUCGGUUUUGUCAGGUAAUCCAAAAGGCAAGCAUCAACUUCGCAAAUUUCUUUGGGUUGUUAAGUAUUUUCCACGAUCAUUAUAUGCUUCUGGAAACUGCCCACCUGCCCCUCGCUUAAGCCAACAUUGACUCUUACUUCUCACUUAGGGAAAAAUGUUGGCUUAGGGGAGGGGUAGCCGGGGGGUUCUAAAUCUGCAAGAUGAAGCGAAUCCUGCGUUCUGAUUGGCUUCCCUAGAGGGCAAAAAGACUGUGCAAGACGAGUCCAUCUUGACCGUAUUUUCCGCGUUAGUCCCGCAAGUUCUCCUUUUGGUGAUAUAAAAAUAAAAUCCUUUAUUUACCAAUCUUAUUCGGUCAAGAUGGCUUAAUAUUAAGCCUCAUUCUUGUUUCGUAUGGGUCAAUAAAAAAGUAAAAAAAAAAAAAACUUGGGAAAUAUCUAGGCAUCUUGACCUAACAAGCUUGUUCAAUAACGCAUAAAUGUAUGUAUACAGUAAAAAGCUGCAACUAAGAACCUACAUUUUCAGGGGUUAGCCUAAACAGGUUCUUAUAUAAAUGGUAGUUAACUGAAUUUUAGGCUUUUUAGGUUCUUAAAAUGGGUUCUUAAUCCUGGAGAAAAACAAUUAAAACACAGCUGCAAACAAGUUGGUCAUUAGCCUAUACUUUUAUUUUCUUCAGCCCCACCCCACCCCCCAGCCCCCCAAAAACAUUUAAGAAUAUAUCAAUUUAUACAUUUACAUGUAUUUAUAUGCUUUGCCGAGCUGUACAAAGCUUUAACUGUAACAAUAAUAUUCAGGAUAAUAUUCAGAACAGGGCCCAACAAUGGCAAUCUGCUUUUCUUGCUUCAAAUAUGAUUCUUGCAAUGCAGCUGGAAUGUACUAGUAUGAUUUUAGAAAUUAAGAACCUGUCUUAAAUUUCUUAUGCUAAAUAGGUUCUUGUUUAUAGGGGGUAUAAAUGACCAAUUUUAGACUAACAGGUUCUUAAUUUUUAGGUUCUUAGUUGCGGGUUUUUACUGUAUAUAUGUUGUAGUAAAUUUUUUAUGUCAGGUAAUUUUUGUUUUUCUUUAAUUUUUGGGUAUGGUAAUGUAUGCUAAUGAAGUUGAAACAAAAGAAAAGAGAAAUUACCUGAAAUAAUAAAUUAACUACAACAUAUAUAUCAAAAUAAAAUCUUCUAUAACAAGAAAUUCAUUUAUAAAAGUCAUCUAUAAAAAGAAAUUCCUUUCUCUCUUUUUAAUCUUCUUUAGUGGUUGGCAAGUUCUACUAGUUGAUGGAAAAUGGCACCACCUCUGUUUAUCUUGGGAAAACAUCAGGGGUCAUCUGAAAAUAUACAAAGACGGUACUUUAUUUGGGCAAAGCAAGGCGUUUCAGGCUGGUGAAGUGAUUAAGUCGGGAGGAUCGCUCACGUUGGCUAAACUUUAUGGAAAAAACGGCUUCGACGGGAUGUUGACAAACGUCAGUGUUUGGGAUCACGUACUUUCCCCUGUAGAAAUCGAGAAGAUAUCAAAAUCGUGCCUCUCUGGGGAGGGAAACGUAUAUAAGUGGCCUGAUUUCAUUCAUGGCCUUAAAGGGAAAACCAGAGUAGUUAUCCCAUCUCCUUGCAAACCAAUGGCUUCUUGA